AUGAGCGGACCACGACCCCGCGUCGCCUCGACUCGCGCUGGAGAACCGGAGAAGACAGCCCGACGCGGAGACUAUUCCCCUCUGCAGUCCGAGAACAUGGAGUACAAGCGUGCCAGCAUGUCCAGCCCGAAGGGCCUGCACAGAGAACACAGCAAUGCCUCAGACCGCCGCACCGAGCGGACAGUGGUUACGACGCGCGAAAAGGUCCAGGUCAAGACGCGAAAUCCGGUCAAGGAGUCGGCCAAUGCGGGAAAUCGGGGCGAUUGGGAAAAGUCGAGGACGAAAAAGUCCUCUCAACCUGAAUCAAGCAGUGGGCAUCGUAAGAAGAAGGACGCAGUAGAAGUGCCAUGGAAUCCGCAGGCUUCGUUGAUUCCUCACGCUGCUGCUCCUCUUGCGUCGCGCGUGUCUGUGCCUCCUUUGGCUUCGGCGACACCGGCCUCACUACAGCCUACUCCGUUUCGGGAGCUGUCCAUAGACGCACAGGAGCAAGCCAUCUUGCAGGAUCUGCUGUUCGUUUUUAUGGGCUACGAGGGACAAUAUAUCCAUUACCACAGCUCCUACGACCCUUCCGAGGAGAAGGACCGGCUAGUUGGCCCGUCUUACCAGAUCGCACCCGGCUUGGAUCCGAGCCUGAAAGAUCUCACCGUUUCCAUGCUCAAGAUGGCGACACAUUACAGCGCGCUGGAGGCUUUUGUGGAAGUGCAGAGUCGGCCCGAGUAUGGGCAAGUCAGUCACGCUCUAUGUGCUGCGAUCAGAAAGCUACUCAAAGACUAUCUGAUCCUCAUCGCACAAUUGGAAAACCAGCUGCUCAACAACCCGAAUUUUACCCUUCAUGUCCUUCACCUUCACACCAUGCCGACAAGUCAGAGCUUAGCUCAGCUCUAUUCUCUUGGCCAAGAACUGCUGAAACGGAACGGCCUCCUUGAUCAAGAUUUGGACGAGUCGAUUGAUGACUUUGACGAUGUCGACAACAUCCUGGAGCAGCUGAAGGAAGGAGGAGACCUGGUGCCCGGAAGCAUGUCCAGCAAGAAGAUCUGCAAAGGGGGUAACGUCCUCGGGUUACUGACAGAGAGACUUGCGACGUUUUCCGGUGACCCAGCCACUAAAACAUUACUUCAGACGCUGCUCCGGGAAGCCAGUCGUCCGUAUAUGGCGAUGCUCAACGAGUGGCUGCAUCAUGGUGGCAUCAAAGACCCUCAUGGGGAGUUCCUGAUCAAGGAGCAAAAAUGGAUUAAACGAGAAAAGCUGGAGGAGGAUUACACCGAUGAAUACUGGGAAAAACGAUAUACCAUCCGUGAGAAUGAGGUACCUCCACAGCUCGACGCUGUCAGAGACAAGGUCCUGUUGGCCGGGAAGUAUCUCAAUGUGGUGCGGGAGUGCGGUGGAGUUGAUGUCAGCAAAGCUGUCAAGGACGUUCCGAAAACGUUCGACGAUCCUCGCUUCCUAGACAAUGUGAAUGCGGCAUACGCCUAUGCGAAUGCGUCGCUGUUGAAUCUUCUCCUUACCAAGAACUCCCUCACGACGCGCUUCCGUUCGCUGAAACAUUAUUUCUUCCUGGACCGCUCAGACUUCUUCUCCUACUUCCUCGAACUGAGCUCUUCGGAAUUGCGAAAGCCGGCCAAGAAUGUCAAUGAGAGCAAGCUGCAGUCGCUGCUGGACUUGGUUCUCCGACAGCCUGGCAGUAUUGCUGCGCAGGACCCAUUCAAGGAGGAUGUCAAAGUUCGUAUGAACAAAAUCGGGCUUACCAAAUGGCUCAUGCAGGUCGUCAGCGUGUCCGGCAUCGAUCAAGACAACCCGGAUGGCGGGAUUGAGAAAUACCAGACGCCGACGGUGCAAACAACAGAAGAAGACAAAGAUAUUAUCGGGUUCGAUGCCCUCGAGCUCGACUACAUGGUGCCCUUUCCCUUGUCUCUCGUCAUCAGCCGGAAGACGGUGCUGCGAUACCAGCUCAUCUUUCGGCAUCUGCUGUCACUUCGUCAUCUGGAGACUAUGCUGGCCACUGCGUGGCUAGAUCAGAACAAAGUUCUUGGCUGGAGGCACAAGUCCUCCGAUCGACGGCUGGAGAUGUGGAAGAGAAGGGCAUGGACGCUGCGUGCGAAAAUGCUGGUGUUUGUGCAGCAGCUUCUCUACUUCUGCACGGCUGAGGUCAUUGAGCCGAACUGGCAGAAUCUCAUGGAACGAGUCAACGGGACCCAGGCGGGCGGCGAGGUGACUGAAAACGGGACCAAGCAAGUCAACCGGACGGUGGAUGAGCUGAUGCAGGAUCACGUCGAUUUCCUGGAUACGUGUCUCAAGGAGUGCAUGCUGACGCAGGCGAAACUCCUCAAGGUAGGUUGGGGUGCCAUUGACGAGUUGAACGCUUGUUCUGACAAUUUCCGGCAGAUCCACUCCAAGCUGAUGACUUGCUGCACCAUGUUUGCGUCCUGGACGGCGUCCUCACUCGGGCGGAGUCUGGCAACUGCUGAUCCCGACCUGUCGGCGGGAGGGCCAAAUGCCCCGGCCGACGCGAAGCCGUAUGAUCCUAGCCGACUAGGAAAGCUGGAAGACACGCUCAAGCGAUACGAAGACCAUUUCAACCGACAUCUGCGGAUUCUGAUGGACAGCUUGAACUACUUUGCGGCGACGGAGAGCGUUGUCUUGUUGAAACUGGCUCAUUCUUUGAGUUCUAUCAGCAAAGACGAUUAG